AUGAUGGAAAUAUUAACUAAAUUCAUUAUAAUUGUUGCGAUUAGUGCAAUUUAUGUUCAAGGCAAAAUCUCUUCAACAAAAAUUAAGAAUGAUGCUGCAAAAAUGGUUGAAAUCUAUCAAAUUUAUAUAAUGCCAUCUCGAAGAAACACAGUUAAUGACAUUUUUUCAGCACAAUGCACUGUACUAACAAGUUGCUGCGGUGUUUCAGGAAAACAGUUGUUCAACAUUCUUGACAGUCAUGCACUUGAAGAAAAAUGUCUUAACCGUCCAGCACUACCCUUAAGUAAGCCGGAUCUAUCGCUAUGUCCACAUUACAAAGAAAGAUUGGAUAUGAUUACAAAAAGUUCAGAAUAUAGUCGAUUCUUGAAGCUUCAUAGUGGAGUUCCAGGAAGUGAUCAACUAAUCAGAAAUUGGCGAUCACGAAUGAAAAAAGCAUGUUAUGAAACUGAACUUCAUCACUAUUAUUGUUUACCAGAACUUAUGGAUUCAUUUCAAUCAUGUCAAGAAAAAAUGUUACAAUCACUCGCUAAUGAAAAUGGUGGCAAAAAUUAUGAUGCUUUUGUUCGCAAUUGGAUCAAUGAUUUUACUACAUUUAACAAAAGAAUUGCUAAAGAAUUUCCUCAAUCAACUUAA